UAUACAUUUGCCCAGUCCCCAACCCCUCACCAUCACGUAACGUUUAGGGACACAAAGAUCUCUGCUGGCAAAAGGCGCCAGGCUUUACUCCAGAAAUUCUCGUAGAUCCCAAACAGAAAUGGACCAGGAUGACAGUGAAGGGGAAGCUGAACUCAGGAAGCAGUCAGUUGGUGGCUUGGGUUUACUGCAGAUCGCUGGAUGCACAGGAUUAACUGCAUACAUAGUAUGGGCAGGAAUAUUGAUGCCUGGUUUCAGGAGGGUCCCUCUAAGAUUACAGGUUCCGUACAUACCUGCAAGCCGCAAACAGGUGCAGAAUGUGAUGACCUUACUGAAAGGCCGGUCUGGCAAGGCGGUGGAUUUGGGAUCAGGUGACGGCAGAAUUGUUUUAGAAGCCAGUAAGCGUGGCUUCCAUCCAGCAGUUGGCUAUGAACUGAACCCAUGGCUCAUCAGGCUGUCAAAGUUCCACGCUUGGAGAGCAGGCUGUCACGGCCAGGUUUCUUACAUGAAACAAGAUUUAUGGAAGGUUGAUUUGUCAGACUGUUCUAAUGUCACAGUUUUCCUGGCUCCCAGUGUGAUUCUCCCACAAGAGGAAAGAUCUUCUACGUCAAGACCCCUCAGGAUCUUAAAGCUUUCUUUACUGGAAGUCAAGCUGUUAUCUGAACUUCCAGAAGAUGCCUGGAUUGUUGCUGGUCGAUUCCCUUUCCCGAACUGGAAGCCAAGCUGCACUGUUGGGGAUGGGGUGGAUAGAGCCUGGCUUUACAGUGUCAAACAACUACGACAAGAAAAUGGAUCUCAAAUCACACAGGAAGGAACAGCCGUAUAACAUCAGCUGCCAAACAUUAACUGCCGAGAUGCAACUUUAAAGAGGAGACAGUUAACUUAUUUGUUUAUUUCAAGCUGCAUGCCACAAAUUGAAGAUUUUUUUGACAACUGCAUGAAGCUUUUUUCAAAGCUAGAAGUUCUUCUGUAAUAAAUUAAACAAGUAAUUA